AUGGCUGCCCUCAACUUCUCCGAUGCUCCCAUGGCCCGCAACUGGGGUCGCUCCGGCUACAACAAGGACGACGAGCCCAAGGGCAACAAGGGCCGCUCCGGCUACAACGAGCCCGACGCCGAUGAGCAGAUGAUCAACCUCAGCGGCCGCUCCGGCUACAACAAGUCCGGCGAUGACGACGAGAAGUCUGGCCGCUCCGGCUACAACUAA